AUGGCGCUGUGGCGUGGCUCCGCGUACGCUGGCUUCCUGGCGCUCGCGGUGGGCUGCGUCUUCCUGCUGGAACCGCAGCUGCCGGGGUCGGCUCUGCGCUCGCUGUGGAGUUCGCUGCAGCUGGGGCCGGCGCCCGCACCCCCAGGAGCCGGCUCCCCUGAGGGCCGGUUGGCAGCCGCCUGGGACGCGCUCAUCGUGCGGCCGGCUCGGCGUUGGCGCCGCGUGGCCGUGGGCGUCAAUGCAUGUGUAGACGUAGUGCUGUCAGGGGUGAAGCUCUUGCGGGCACUUGGCUUGAGCCCUGGGAAUGGGAAAGAUCACAGCGAGCUGCAUUCGAGGAAUGAUCUAGAAGAAGCCUUCGUUCACUUCAUGGGGAAGGGAGCAGCUGCUGAACGCUUCUUCAGUGAUAAGGAAACUUUCCAUGACAUCGCCCAGAUUGCAUCAGAGUUCCCAGAAGCCCAGCACUAUGUAGGAGGAAAUGCAGCUUUAAUUGGACAGAAGUUUGCAGCCAACUCAGAUUUAAAGGUUCUUCUUUGUGGCCCAGUUGGUCCAAAGCUGCAUGAGCUUCUUGAUGACAAUGUAUUUGUCCCACCAGAGUCAUUGCAGGAAGUGGAUGAGUUCCACCUCAUUUUAGAGUAUCAAGCAGGGGAGGAGUGGGACCAGUUAAAAGCUCCCCAUGCCAACCGGUUCAUCUUCUCCCACGACCUCUCCAACGGGGCCAUGAAUAUGCUGGAGGUCUUUGUGUCUAGCCUGGAGGAGUUUCAGCCAGACCUGGUGGUCCUCUCUGGAUUGCACAUGAUGGAGGGACACAGCAAGGAGUUCCAGAGGAAGAGGCUCUUGGAGGUCGUGACCUCCAUUUCUGACAUCCCUGCGGGUGUCCCGGUUCACCUGGAGCUGGCCAGCAUGACCAACGAGGAGCUCAUGAGCAGCAUCGUGCACCAGCAGGUCUUUCCUGCCGUGACUUCCCUGGGGCUGAAUGAACAGGAGCUGUUAUUUCUCAGCCAGUCGGCAUCUGGACCUCACUCUUCUCUUUCUUCCUGGAAUGGUGUUCCUGACGUGGGCGUGGUCAGCGACAUCCUCUUUUGGAUCUUGAAGGAACAUGGGAAAAGUGAAAGCAGAGCCUCAGACCUCAGCAGGAUCCAUUUCCACACGCUGGCCUACCACAUCCUGGUGACUGUGGAUGGACACUGGGCCAACCAGCUGGCAGCCGUGGCUGCAGGAGCCCGUGUGGCCGGGACACAGGCCUGCGCAACGGAAACCAUAGACACGCGCCGAGUGUCUCUGAAGGCACCCCACGAGUUCAUGACCUCCCGUUUGGAGGCCGGCUCCAGGGUUGUGUUAAACCCAAGUGAGCCAGUGGUCGAAUGGCACAGGGAGGGCGUGUCCUUCCACUUCACACCCGUGUUGGUGUGUAAAGAUCCUGUUCGAACUGUGGGCCUCGGAGAUGCCAUCUCCGCCGAAGGACUCUUCUAUUCAGAAGUACACCCUCACUCAUAG